AUAGAGCCUUUCUUUCAAAUCCCAGGGCAGCGGGUCCUUCAAGGCUAGCAUUGCAUUUUCAAUUAGCUGCUGAGUGAAUGCUUGGCAUGUGUAUUAGUGAAGAAGCACACAAUUAGCUUAUUGUUCCUUUCUGUAUUGUGCUGAGAGGUUCUAAGAGAUUGGUGGGGGAACAGGCAAGCCAGGCAUCACUGUGGAGUUGAAGAAGGGAUUUACCCAGACCUCGGCAUCUUCACUUGCUCGCUCUGGAAUUACAGCUAUUUAUUACGAAGUGCCCUGUGUGGCUGGGCGGAGUGUGCCUGAGGAUACACAUCCCAGACACCACCUGGGGUUAGUCUUUCUGAGCGCUUCCCGUCUCUAAUUCUCGUCAUUAUCAUGGAGCCCAACAGUCCUAAAAAGAUACAAUUUGCUGUGCCUUUAUUCCAGAGUCAGAUUGCACCUGAAGCAGCAGAGCAGAUAAGAAAAAGAAGACCUACACCAGCAUCGCUUGUGAUUCUGAAUGAACAUAAUCCCCCAGAAAUAGAUGACAAGAGGGUAACCAACACACAAGCUGAAUCACAAAAUGCAUCCCCGAAGCAAAGGAAGCAGAGCGUGUACACACCACCGGCCAUGAAAGGUACUGUUCAGGAACUGCAGACACGCAGCAAAGGAGAAAAGAAGAGACAGGAAUAGACAGAAAAGAGCAGCAUUAAGAGAGAAUGGAAUCAGAAGAGGAAGGGGUAUCUCUGUAUGGUUGUAUGACAGUCAACAGGACAAAAUUGUUGUCAUUAAGAAAUAUACACCCAUAUGUACGUAUGUAUUUAGCAACGUUAGCAUUGUAACCAAUUAUAUUUUCUGUCUUUUAAAACUUCCCCUUAGAAGAUGAUCUAAAAAAAAAUGGUGAUCAUUUUUUCAUUUGUUGUUGUGGUAGUGUUUUCCUUAAGAUUUAAAAGUCCUUGCAAGAAAAAUUUCCUCCUACAAAUCACUAAUUGGAUAAUUUACUCUAUCCUAGCACUCAGGCUUUGUUGCUAUUAAGUCGCAUACCAGAUUUUUCCCUUUACAGAGAUUUAUGUGACAUGGUAUGAAAUUCUCUGGAACUUUUCCACGGGGUUCUGGAAUAGUUUGUUAUUUUACUUUUCUCCACCAGGUGCAAAAUGGGUUGAUAACAACCAGAAGCUGACUUGUCAGUGCUGUUGUGCUCCAGUGGGAGCUUGGAAAAAUACCAACACAAAACCACCACCACCACCGCCACCAGCGUCACCUCCACCUGCAUCAUUGUGUGUUAUUUUCUCCCUCUUGGAUCGCCUUCUGAAGCACUUUAGAUAUUUGAUGCAUAAAUAUUGACACGUUUUUCAGAAAAUUUUCCUUUGUUUUAUUUAUUUUUCUGAUUAUUUAUGCUAUUCUAUGUGCCAAGUUCUUCCUUUUGGUUUUAUUUUUCUCUACUACUAAAAGGGAGAUCUUGAAUUUGGGUGACUUUUAAGUGAUUCAUUUUUAGUUUUUCUAAGUCUGGAAUCUGAGCCUUCCUUUACAAUAGAGAAGCUUUCAAAUAUAUUUCCUUUUUUCUUCUCAAAUUUCAUCAUAUUUAUUUACUCUUCUGUUUCUUUUUCAAAUCCAUUGGUCUUGAUUCAAUUUAGUUCCACAAAUACCUAUUAAUAAUUUACUACACACUGACCAUUUUUCAGUUAUAAAAAUGUAAAGGGUAUUAUUAUUGUUGCUGCCCUCCUGCCAGUUAAUAUCAGUUCAGUUCUUUAUAAUUAAUAAAGUGGCCUCAUCUAUGUUUCUCAGUUAAUAAUCACAUUAAAUAUAUAUGACAGUUAGGAUUCAGUUUAUAGAUCAGAGAACUGGAGUCCAAGGAAAAUAAAUGGCCCUAAACGAAUUAAUAAUCCAGCAAACCCUUUUACUAGCUGAUGUUCUUUUUGAGAAAUUGUGAUACUUUUUAGGAUGGAAAAGCCCGUCUUCCUUAGAAACCAGAGCUUUUUGCAUUUUCUUAGAGUGUCUUGUAGACUGCAUUCUACAUUUCAGACCUAAAAGCACGGGGGUGGGGAGCGGUGCGGGGUGGGCGGGAAUAAUUUUGUUAGAGGUGCUGGAAUGGAAAGAAGCACCUGAGUUCUACUUUAAUUCUUUGAUUGACCUCAAACUAAAAUGACCUUUGCCCAAUAAAAGAGGCAAAUUUGAAACUCCUUUUAAACUACGUGACUCACUUAAAAAUAUUUUUUUAUAUGUAAAUCUGUGCUUUAAAAAAACAAUCUUUAAUAUCUAAAAAGUAGGAGAGAAUUACUGAGUUUAUGCCACUGUUGGGUACAAUCUUUUCUUAAAGAAAAAGGCAUCGAUCUUUUUAAGUUUCUUUUCCUUGAUUUCUAAUAAAUUGAAAAAUCACCUCACAAAUUGCUAUUUUUUGUUAUGGCCUUCCCCUUUCUCUACACCCCUGUCCCCAGGAUCUGAAGAAUACUAAUUUUUACUUACCACUCCCAGAUUUGUAUUACCCAAAAAGUAAAAAUAAUAUAAACAAGCAUAAUUACCAUAGACUUAAAUGCAUAAUUGUGAAAUAAAGUAUGGCUCUUAGGCAUUAGAAAACAGUAUGUUAAUUAAUGAGGAACCACAGAGAACAUUCUAACUGCUGCUCUCCUCAAGCUAACUGAGAAAUCAAUUUAUUGAUAUUUCAAAAUCCCUUUCUUUUCUCAAGAGUAGCGAUAGGGUUCAGGACCCACCACUGCAAAAACACAGCACCUUGGCACAGUGAAUAUUGUCGACUGAAGGAGUUUGAGAAAAUGGCAGAAGCAGGAAGGUCAGCUUCCCUCUGCCCUUCUCCCUGAAAUGGGCCAUAAAACCCUCACGUGAGAAGUGCUUUAUGCCCAAAAGAGAGGAGCACCCUUGUCUCUGAAGACAAAGGGACUCAAAGAAGAAUCCAAACAAGAACUUAUCCUAAGUUCCCCCAGUUUACUGCACUGACCUCAUACUCCUUAACUCAUCUUGGUCUUCCACGACCGACCCCAUUCUUCCUCAACCCUAGCACAAAACACUCAGAUCUGUUUCUUUGGAUCUUCAUUUCCUGAUGAGGGCUCCCAUGUCAUGUAAAACUUAUAUUAAGUAAAUCUGUAUGCUUUUUUCCCUAUUAUUCUGUCUUUGUCAGUUUAACUUUUCAGACCCAGCCAGAAACCUUUUAUCGCUCUUACAGUAGCAAAGGUAUAGCAUGGGCUUAAUAUGAAUCAAAAUGAUGGGAUGAUAAGAACUUAAAAAAAAAAAAAAGCUCAUAGCUGUUUGACCAUCUCUCUAAUAAUUGCAGGAGAAUAUCUUCUCUUUCUUCUUUAUUUUUUAAAGAGACUGGCAUUUGCCGAGGCACUGUCGUAGAUGGGCAGGUUACAUGACACUUCCCUGCAGCAUAAAUUCUGUGGAUGUUUCUCUAAUCAUACUAAUUACAUUACCAGAUGUUCUCAUCUUUCUUCUUUUGCCUUAAUGGGACAUGAAUUUCCUAUUUUGAAAUUGCCACUUAUGUGUUAUAUUUGUCAAGUGUUUUAAACACUAUCUGGUCCUUUAUUUGCUUUUGAAAACACUCAGUGGUCUAAAACUUGAACUUGACGUGAAGGCCAGGGAUGACCGGGGUAGGAGUUAUACUGUUAAUUAUACUUCUACUAACUAUACUGUACUAGCGCAGUUAUCUUGGACUUUCACAGGAUGCCAGGCUUGAGCUGUCUAUUUUCAUUGUCACUAUAAAUAGAGUUUUCAUAGGAAGCAGUUCACUGGAACAAAUUAUUUCGCUGGAACCCAUUGCUAGCUAAAUGAGAUUCUUAAAAAUAAUUCUUAAGAGUAUGGGCAGAGAAGUAUUAGAAAUUAGACAUUGUCAUCAUAAACUACCAAAAGCUGUGUUGGUAGAAGAUAAUCUAAUGCAAUAUUCUGGGGGAAAAUAAUUGCCAAAAUCAAUAAAUUUUGAUUUAAACUAUAAAUAAAUUUGUAUGCUUUUCUCCUAUUAAUGAA